AUGAAUCUACGAGAGCGUACAUCAUCAUUUUGUCAUGAUAAAAUUCCAUUAGAUUGGCGUCAAAGUGUAACAAAUUUUGCUCAUCAACAAAAAUUAGUAGCUCAAACCUUACCUUCAAUAUUAAAUUCUUCUACAUCAAAAUAUACCAAAAAUCGUCAAAUAAAUCCUUCGCAAAAUCAUCAACGUAGCAUGUCACUAUCAACAAUUGUUUUUCAUUAUUCAAAAUCAUCAUUACGUCGUUAUCAGUCUCCAUUAAUUAAUCACCAAACAAAAAAUCAUCGUCGAGCAUUGUCAUAUGAAGAAUUAUUUUCAUUAAAUAAGAAUACACAUUAUAUUUCAUCUAAUCAUCAACAAGAAGAAAGUAUGAUUGAAUCUGGUUGUUCAUUAGCAAUGGAUUUAUCAAGAAGUUUUAAUCGAAAAAGUUCUCAAUCAUCAUCUUCAUCCUCUUCCUCCUCCUCAUCAUCAACAACAAUAAAUAUGGAUAAUAUUGAAAAUAAUCAAAAAGAAAAAAUUGAUAAUAAAAUCAAACAAUUUAAAUGGAAAUUAAGGAUAAAUAAAUAA